AUGCUGUCAUCGUCGCAUCUGAAACCCUCAGCCCCUUCAGCGACGCUCCUCCGAUUUUUGCGCUCUCAGUCCGAUUUUCUCAGUGUCAACUCAUCAAGAUGCGCACGUCCUUCCCGAAGUAAGCCUUAUGUUCAUCAGAUCCUUCCCUGCAACGCAUCUUCAAGAGCUUCGUCGACCUGGACUUGCACUGCUUCGGCACCUCACCGAACAACUUUGCAGACCAGCCUAGUCAGAACCCCUACCCCCGCGGCAAGAAGUCAUAGCAGUUCGCGGCCUCGACUCUGGCUCUGUGCCGGCCAAGCGGGACGCUCAUCUUCAAUUUUCCCCUUAUCAAACGCACCGUACUCGCGAUCCGCUUCCACCAAGAGCCGUCCACUCCUGCGCAGACUCCUCGAUCUGAGGCGUAGCAACUCCUCAGCGGAUAAGCACAACCGCGGCGGGCCCGCGCUAAUUGACGAUGGAACAGAGGGAGGUUUCACUAUUGGCCGAGGCCUAGCAGCGAAAGCAACGAACGAGCCACGGCUACGGUGUACGGAGUUUGACAAGAAUGGGAACGUCACUCUUGUGAAUGGCGAGUUUAAGAAAAGCGAGUUGAUCGCAAAGUAUGGACUUCUUCCUAGAGAUCUCCGCAAGAUCGACUCCUCGACUUUGCCGCACAUCCUUGUCCGACCGAGCGCGAUCCUCAUCAACCUGCUGCAUCUUCGCGUUCUAAUCAAGCAUGAUCGGGUCCUUGUGUUUGAUGCGUAUGGAUCGACCGAUUCUUAUAUGCAAUCGUUAUUUGUAUAUGACUUGGAAGGGAAGCUACAGCAGAAACAGACAGGAGGAUUCGGCGCUCUACCAUACGAAUUCCGCGCCUUGGAAGCGGUGCUCAUCAGCGUUACCACCGGUCUGGAGGAAGAAUUCAAUGGUGUGAGGGAGCCGGUCGUGCGUGUGCUUCGCGCUCUGGAAGAAGAUAUCGACCGGGAUAAGUUGCGGCAUCUCCUGAUUUACUCCAAGAAACUCGGUACCUUUGAGCAGAAAGCUCGUUUGGUGCGAGAUGCCAUUGACGACCUCCUUGAAGCGGACGAUGACCUGGCUGCAAUGUAUUUGACUGAGCGUGCGAAUGGCGUUCAGCGGGAGGAAGAUGAUCAUCAAGAAGUGGAGAUGCUUUUGGAAUCUUAUCACAAAGUCUGCGAUGAAAUUGUCCAGGCCAGCGGCAACCUGGUGACAAGCAUUCGCAAUACCGAGGAAGUUGUGAAAGCCAUCCUUGACGCAAACCGUAACUCUCUCAUGUUACUCGACCUCAAAUUCAGUAUUGGAACCCUGGGCCUCGCGACAGGCACUCUCUUCUCCGCUCUCUACGGCAUGAACUUGAAGAACUUCAUCGAAGAGUCCGAUCUCGGAUUUGGUGCUGUCUCUAUGACUUGCUUUAUGAUCACCGCGGUCGUUUGUGUGUACGGACUCGCGAAGCUACGGAAGCUCCAGCGUGUUCGUAUGUGGGGAGAAGCCGGUGUAGGCGGCGCACCCCUCACACCUCUGACGACCAGAAGUGGUAUCCUGUCCGGCCAUCGGUCCAACUGGCGUGCGGACUCUAUUGAACCAGUCUGGGGCAGUCUUCCCGGCGAAGCUCGGACAGAGAGAAUCAAACGUCUUCGGGAGACCGCGGCUGCAGCCGCUGCCAGGUCUGCAAGUGCCGACGCAACGGCCCAGAGGGCAUCUGCUUUGCGAAGCUCGGCAAACGCGAAUGGCGGAGCACCAAAAGGCUCCGAGCAUUCUCCCACACGCGAGACUGAGGCCAGCGGCAGUUCUGCCUAG